UCUAGUCAAGUAAAAGAUAAAGUUCAUAACAGAGAUAUGAUGUUCGUUAGCUCUUUUAGUUUGCUUAUUUCACUUGCUUGUUUUGCUAAGGGAUUAGCAGAUGACGUGUGCCAACAAAAGCCUGCUGCUGAUGGCUUUGGAAAAAUUAUGUCUUGUGCACAUUAUAAGAAUCGGUUUUCUUAUCACCCUGACAAAAAGGAAUGUUUGGAGUUCUCCUAUGGCGGUUGUGGUGGCAACGAUAAUAGGUUCACAACUAAAAAGCUUUGUGAAGAUGAGUGCAAGAACAAAUUAGUAAAUAAUUAAAUUUGGACUAAAAUAUUUACAUACCUUGAAACAUUCCAGAUUAUCAUAAAUUUUCCAUAAAAUAAAUUUAUUCAUACCAAAAUACUAUUGCGAAAGCAAUGGAAUACCCUCAUUUCGUCAAAAUCAUUGCCUACUUUUUGAUGGCCCCUUUAUAUUUGU